AUGGCGGCGCUCGGUGCAGCACGGCGCUUCAUUCGAAGCUACUCUCGAAUGAAAACUGUAGAUAAGAGUACGCUAAUUCACAUUGGACGUAGCAGUAGGACGCUUUGUAGUAAAACACCGGACAGCCCCCCCUCAGACAGCCAUGCUAAACCCCAGUUCACGGACCCACUGGUGCAAGAUAUCCUCACCAGGAUAACAGGCCUGGAUUUACAGAAGGUUUUUCGACCGAUUAAAGAGGAAUUGAAGCCGCCCACAUAUAAACUCAUGACAGAUGCUCAACUUGAGGAGGCAAUUCAGCAGGCCAGGGAGGAGGCUAAAAGGCUGCUGAAAAUGCCCCCUAUUCUACCAGAGAGGAAACCCAUCAAUGAUGUGUUGUCUGUGGACAAGAUUCUGGAUGGCAUGGACACAGCCAAAUAUGUCUUCACUGACAUCAACUAUGAAACCCCACACAGGGAGCGGUUCAUUGUCGUGCGGGAGACCGAUGGGACUUUACGGAAGGCCACCUGGGAAGAGAGAGACAGGCUCAUCCAGGUCUACUUCCCGAAGGAGGGACGCAAAAUUGCAGUACCUCAUAUGUUUAAGGAGGAAAACCUUAAGGUGGUGUUUUCCCAGGACCGUCAUGAGGAUGUGUUGAAUCGGUGUUUGGUCCAAUUUGAACCAGACUCUUCAGAAUACAUCAGGAUACAUGCGAUCACCUAUGAGGACUUGGAGAAACAUGGAAAGUAUGAGCUGCUGCGCUCCACAAGACACUUUGGAGGCAUGGCCUGGUACUUGAUCAAUGCACACAGGGUGGAUGGGCUCUUGGUAGACAUGCUGCAGAGAGAACUGCUCCAGGAUGCAGUAAGCCUGGUUUCUCUGUUCAACAUGGUACAUCCCCACAGUGAGUCAGCCCAGGAGGCCAACAGCCAGCAGGCAACUGGUACCGACCUACUAAAGAUCUAUGCCCAAAAGGAAUCUCAGAGGUCGGGCUACAUAGAACUGGCACUGCAGGCCCAUGACAACGCUGCAGCAGUGAGCUCCUCUGUUUGACCAGGCCAAUCUUACAGUCAAUAGUGACCAAUUUGCUUCCUUAGGGAGUUGCAGCCACACACAGUGACAGAAUAGGAGCUCCAUGGCCCUACUUUUAAUAUCAUAGUGGUCUUUAGUUUCCCUAUUUUGGUCUAGGGCCAACCCCAAAUGCGCUGCCAGUUUGAAAGAAUACUGUACAUUUGAAAGUCAUAAGGCAAACUGUAAAACAAUCUGAGACAUAUUGUGACUUUUUUUGUGUGAAAGGAAAUCGCAUGGGGAUUGUAUGGUCUCCUAUGUACUUGUCUGUGUUUGUGUAUUUAAACAAAAGCCUGAAGUGUGAAGUUAACUCAAUGAUGUACAUAACAAAAUAAAGGUC